AUGGCAUCUUAUAACCCUUUCGCCCGCCGGGAUUCGCACGACCGAUAUACCUUGGGCUCCUACCGCGUCCUGGUCCCCUUGUCAUGGCUGCUGGUCGUAGUCGUUGGACUCUACUACACAGUCAAUGCCCCUCAUGAUGUCAAACAUGGCCAUUCCAUUUUCAAGCAAGCAAAUCGACACAUUACACCCUUUAGCCAAAGCACGAUCGUAACGGGGAUCUUCUGGAUCUUUCUUCUUCUCUCUCAGCUUAGCUACGUGUAUCAUCUCUUUCAUCGCGAUGCCGCUAUCGUGACGGCGACCGCAAAUGUGGGCACGCAUUUCAUCUUGAAUAACUUAUUUGUCUUCGCCUGGAUCCUCCUGUGGACGCGCAACCACUUCUGGGGCUCCGAGAUUAUCCUGAUAGCCCAUUUCGUCAAUCAGCAUGUGGCCUACUGGCGCCAUCGCAACUUACCACGCCUCGUGCAUCUGGCUGCCGUAGCGGGCCCCUUUGCCUGGACACUCAUGGCCCUGUUUUGGAACGGCGCGGUUGCCGUGAAGAGCAACUCUCUACCUGCUAGGAUUACGGCGAACGUUUUCAUCUGGGUGAUCUUCGUGAUCGGAGCGGGUCACAUCGUAACAGCCCAGGAUGACAUGUUGGGUUAUUCUUUGAGCUUUUUGACCCUUGCCCUAGCGUUGAAGCAAAUCGCCGUCAAGACCAUCGCUCUGCAGUGGAUCUUCGCCUUUGUCAUCUUCGCCGUGUUCCUGGUCACUUCCCUGUACAUCACUAGCACUCGGAGCGCUGGCCGCAACAUUUUAUUCCGCAAGACUGGACAGACCGAGUCCACUGAUCGUGAGCGGGAGCCACUGCUCAACGAACCGGCCACGACCGCGUGA